AUGAACUUUUUAACACACAUCUAUUUAUUGCAUUUAAAGGGUAUCUCUGAGAAGACGUCAUUUGUUGUGUUUGAUAUAUUCGAUGACAACUCGACUUAUAACUAUAACUACACCGACUAUAACGACUUCGAGUCCAGUGACUCCUGCUGCGGUCAGGUGUGUACCCAGCAUGCAAUGAUGUCCUUUGAUCGGGUCUUCAUGCCCGUGCUGUACUCCCUGGUCUUCGUGCUGGGGUUGCUAGGGAAUGGGCUGGUCAUAACCGUGCUGCUGCAGUUCAAGCGCACCAGGACCGUGACGGACACUUUCAUCCUCCACCUGGCGCUGGCUGACUCCCUGUUGGUCGUCACGCUGCCGUUCUGGGCUGCCGAGGCCGCCCACGGCUGGGUCUUCGGAACCGGGCUCUGCAAGAUCAUAGGGGCCACUUUCAAGGUGAACUUCUACUGUGGGAUAUUCUUGCUGGGCUGCAUCAGCUUGGACCGCUACCUGUCUAUCGUCCAUGCGGUCCAGAUGUACAGCAGGAGGAAGCCCUGGGCGGUCCAGGUCAGCUGCGUGACUGUGUGGGGGGUCUGUUUCCUCAUGAGCGUUCCUGACCUGGUGUUCCUGGAAGCCGUGCAGGACGACAGGAGAGAUGGCCGGACGGAGUGUCUCCACAACUACGGCAUCGGAGAGGCAGGAAAGUGGAGGCUCUUCUCCCAGCUCCUGUACCACAUCACCGGGUUCUUCCUCCCCUCCGCAGUCAUGGUCUUCUGCUACACCAUGAUCCUCCAUACACUGGGUAAGUCCCAAGGCCUCCAGAAGAGAAAAGCCAUGAAGGUGAUCCUGGCUCUGGUGGUGACAUUCUUUGUGUGUUGGACUCCCUACAACGUGGUCAUCUUUCUGGACACCCUGGUCUCGGAGAGAACGAUGGAACCAACCUGCAAGAUGCAGAAUUUCCUGGACAUUGGGAAGACCGUCACCUCCUGUCUGGGGUACCUGCACUGCUGCCUGAACCCCGUCCUGUACGCCUUCGUGGGGGUGAAGUUUCGCAAUAACCUCCUGGAUGUUUUGAGCGCGCUCGGCUGCAACAUCAAGAAAAACGUCCGGCCGGUCGGGAGGAGGGGAUCCAACUGGUCGGAAUCCGGGGAUACUUCGUACUCCGGAAUCUGAGGGUUUUGAGGAAAAGCUCCAGGGGGUCACAGCAUUGUUUGGCUGUUGCUUUUUUUUUCCAGUACGCUAAAAGGAAAAUUGUU